AUGGCUUUGAAUUUAUCAAAUAUUAAAAAGGCAUACUUUGACAAAUUAUUCCUUUCUCAGAAUGAUACCACGACUGUAUCAACAAACAAUUCUACACCACUGUCCAAUAUUAAACCAAGGGUUUUGUUAUUAGACAAAUAUACUACGCCGAUUAUAUCCAUGUGUUAUACUCAAUCUGAAUUAUUGGCAAAUAACAUUAUAUUAAUUGAAUUAAUACAAAAUUACCAUGAAUUCUCUUCCAUGAAACAUUUAGAUUGUAUUGUUUAUAUAAAACCAUGUCAAGAAUCUGUCAAUGAUUUGCGUCAAGAAUUGCAUAACCCCCAUUAUGGACAAUAUAAAUUGUUUUUAAAUAAUUGUAUUCACAAAAAUCAAUUAGAAUCAAUUGCAGAAGCUGAUGAAUAUGAAGUUAUCACCAAAGUGAUAGAGAUUUUCCAAGAUUAUCAAAUAGUUAAUGAUAAUUUAUAUCUUAUUGAUAGUAAUAGUCUGAAACAAGAUGUCAAUCCUGUUUUACUGGAAAGUGAGAAAUUGAUUAGUUUACUUUUAGCGUUGAAGAAAAAUCCAAUAAUAAAGUAUGAAUCCAAUUCUAUUGAUUUGAAACGAUUAAGUUCAGAACUUUUAUAUCAGAUUAAUUCCAAUUCCAACAAUAAUUUAUUUGAUGAUUUAAAUCGUUAUUCGGAUUCACCUCCAUUAUUACUUUUGUUAGAUCGUAAAAAUGAUCCUAUAACUCCCUUGAUUACCCCUUGGACUUAUCAAUCAAUGAUCCAUGAGUUUUUAACAAUUGAGAAAAAUAUUGUCCAUAUGAAAUCAGAUGAAAGCAGUAGUAACAAUAAAAAUUCCCAAAUUAUUGUUUCUGAUGAAAAUGAUCCAUUUUAUAAAGAAUCAAUGUAUUUAAAUUAUGGUGAUUUGACGGAAAAAUUCCAAAAAUAUGUGGAAAAAUAUAAAUCAGAAACUAAACAAUCAUCAAUUGAUAAUUUGAAAACAACAAAUUUAUCCGAAUUGAAGAAAAUAUUAACAAAAUUCCCAGAAUUUAAGAAAUUUUCUACUAAUGUGUUAACUCAUUUGAAUUUAAUAAGUGAAAUUGAUAAACAAAUCACUAUACAAGAUUUAUGGGAAGUUGGCGAAUUACAACAAGCGAUUGCUUGUGGGUUAGAUAAUCAACAAAAUCUAAAAGAAAGAGUUUUAUUAGUUUUAAACAAUACCAAUAAUAAUAACAAACGAGUAUCGACCAUAAAUAAAAUUAAAUUAAUUUUACUUUAUUCUUAUAGAUAUAACACUUCUAAUGAUGUAUCAUUGUUUUUACAAAAAUUGAAUGAUCCUGUUUUCACUCAACCAUUACCUUCUUCAGGUCAAGUUCAAUUAAUAAAACGAUUCAAAACAUUAUUUGGUUCUAAUUCUUUAAUUGAUCAACAAAAACUUCAAAAUCAAAAUCAAAAUCAAGGAUUGACAAAUAUUUUCGCCAAUAAGAAAAUUGAUCUCAAUAAUUUGUUCAAUAGAAACAACCCAUCACAUUCAGUAUCGGAUAACAUUUAUUUACAAUAUACACCUCGAUUGAAUGAGAUUUUGGCGGGGUUAAUUAACCCACAACAACCGCAUCAAGAAGGUUCUUUAGGAUUGGCAACUUUGGUCCCCGAUAAAGUGAAACAACAAUAUGGAGUAAAUGCUAGUGAUGAAUCAGUCCAAGAUAUUAUUAUUUAUAUCAAAGGUGGAGUAACUUAUGAAGAAAGUCGUUUGAUUUAUGAAUUAUCCGAAAGUAACAAACGGAUAAACUUAAUUAUCGGAGGAGAUAGUAUAUUGAAUAGUGAAAUGUGGUUACAAAGAUUGUAUUCUAUGGUGAUGAAAUUUAGUGACGAAUCUGGUCGUCAAGAUAGUGAAGAUUCUCAUGCAAAUAGACAAACUCAACUACGUGAUAUCUUAUAG